GAACCGUCUCAUUCAAGUCCUGCUCGAUGUCGGGACGAUACACGGGACCUACGACACAGGACAAAAGUUGCUCGGACGUCGUCGUUUCGUCAACAGCGUUUUGUUUGGUUCUACUUGAAGUCGAUACAAUCUAAUCAAAGUCCAUAAAUUCCUUCAAAGUGAUCUAAAACUAAGAAUUUCCUUCUCAAAUCAGUCCACACCAACGAACUUCAGCAAAACCUUGCAUAAUGACGAUUUAGGAAGCCCAAAUUAGGUGCAAAUUGGAUCGAUUUGUGGACGGCAAAAGGUGUUUUCUCUCUGCUCGCUUUGUUGGAUACCUUAAGGUUGAGGAAGAUAGUGUACGGUGACGGGAGUGAACAUUUGAGUGCAAUUUGUAUGGAAUUGUUGUCGGAAAGGGUGGCGGCGCAAUGGAGACGCACGAAAUUGUGUCAGUUUCAAAACGGUUGAAUUGGUAAUCGGUUACCUUCGUAGCUCAAGCUCCACCAACUAAUCUAUGGUAGAAGUCCAGCUGAACCGGCAGCAGUGAUAAUGGCGCGCGCUGAUAUAGGAACAAUCGCCAAGUACGCCAUCCCCCGGAUGCUCAUGUUCUUCGUGACGGUAGCGCUCUACUUCUCACUAAUCGGUAAAACCGAACGCAGCACGGUCACCUCCACCAUCCUGAAAUGCCUACCGAUCGUGACGCUGUGGAUGUUCGUCCUGAUGAGCGACUUCGAGCUGAAACGAUCCCACCGCUACAAGCUGCUCAUUUUGGCCGGGCUGGUCGCUUCCUGCGCUGGAGAUUUGCUGCUCAACUAUGACCUGUUCGAGGCCGGAAUGGGCGCCUUCGGGGUGGCCCAGAUCUUCUACGUGUCGGCGUUCGGAUUCCGGCCGCUGCGACCCUGGGUGGGACUUCCGCUGUACGGCUUCGCCAUCGCUGCCGUGGCCAUCAUGUUCCACAAUCUGCCGACGCUGAUCAAAAUAUGUCUUCCGAUUUACGGUGCCCUGUUGGUCACCAUGUGCUGGCGAUCGCUGGCCAGAAUUGAUUGUUAUAAGAACAUCCUGCGCGUGGCUUGCGGCCUCGGCAGCGUCCUGUUCGUCAUCUCCGACAGUAUUAUCGCGAUCGACAAGUUCUACACGCCGGUGGCCAACGCCCAAACGGCCAUCAUGGUCACGUACUACGUGGCCCAGUUCGGGAUCGCGCUCAGUGUGAUCGAGCAGUCCGUCACUGCCAGUGGCGGUGCCGCGACCACCAAAACUGCCAACUCCUCCAAGCAACGCCAAAACGGUACGAAACAAAAGAAGAGUGCCUAAGAAGGGGGCACCUGGCGAUCAUUGGAUUGGUUCAUUGUUCCUUGCCUCUAUUGGGUCACAAAGCCACACGAGCAUUACACAAAUACAGACGCGCAUCUUGCAACAGAAACAUCAAUCCAUCUGUGUGCGUGUGAUCGUUCCGCGAUCGACAGUGAAGACAGCAUGUUGCAUCCACCAAUACAUCUUUAGUGGGACAUUGAACAUUACCUUUAGCAACUAGAGAACUCUUCGAAAUUUAUUAUUUUAUUUUUUGUUUCUUAUUAGACGAAGACGAAGUAGACAAACAUGAUAUUGAGCAGGUGUGAUUUGCGAAACAGUAAAAAAAAAAAACAAAAAACCUUAUUAGACUGUGAUUCUAUAUCUUCCCUCGAAACCUUGAGGAUCAUUCACCCGAUGUGGAAACAAACAACAAUUGGCAAAGUGCAACGCAGCAAAAAUCACCAACAACAAAAUCUUGAAACGGUUUGAACUUUUUAGAAAACAGAUUGGUAGCACACAACGAUUUCAGCGUCACCUAAUGUAGAGCAGAAUGAAUAAAACCUACCUUUUACCCGAUCCUCUUAACUAAUCAACUAAAACUUAUUACAAUGUAGAACUUGAGACUGUGUAGAACUGUUGUUUAGUGGUUUAGAACUAUUUUACUCUUGAAAAAUACAAUUUAAUUGUUCAUGAAUA